UAAUUUUAAAAUAAUAUUUUCUCUUCUAUGAGUCUCACUGUUAAAUGUUAUUAAACAUUGUUAAAAUUUGUCAAAUAAUAGUAAACUUUUCUAGGAUUUCUUAUUUCAAUCGAUUAGUGCCUGAAUCUUCCUUAGUCAUGAAUAAAUUUCAAAUCUGACUAAGAAAGAUGCUCGCGAAUGGCUGGUAUCAUGCGUGUUGAGAAACUGACCUACUUUGCCACGCAGACUUUGCCAAGCGACGACCGAAGUUUUUACGCGACGGCCCCGCAGCUGGAUCUCAACUUUGUGUUGCAAUCCUGCAAGGGCUUCAAGAUCGAAGGCAGUAAUAGGGAUUUCGGCCAGGAAUGUUCCAUAUCGAGGUCAACGACGAAUUAUUAUUCUCAUGGCCGCGUGAGAAAUACCUAUCAUCUGAAGGGCGGCGGAUUCGCCGCCGACAACAAGCCCCAUGGUUGUCCCAAGUGCGGCCGCAGCUUCACUGUCAAGGGCAAUAUGACCAGGCAUUUCAAGUACGAGUGCGGCCAGGAGCCGCGCUUCCAGUGUCCCUAUUGCGAGUUCCGCAGCAAGCAGACGUCCAACGUGAUGUCUCACAUCAGGAGCAGGCAUUCCGGUCAGAAGGUCUACGUAGUGCACCUCAAGUACGAGGACAAAUAAAAGAGAAGGACGAUCAUGCGGGACGAUGCAAUUUCACGCGAUGACAGUGAUUUUCUCCAUUUUAAAUGAGCGGGGAACCGCACUCGUGCGAACGGAAAAAGUCAUUUGGGAAUUUUGAAUUUUCACCGAAUAGAUUUUAUGUGAUCACGCUUUACGCGCGAGUUAUUCCAAGAUCGCGUAUAGUACGAUCGACAUCCGUUAAGAUAGAUCGGACAUGCAAUUAUUGCUCGCGAUUCUACGCGACGGAGAUGCCUCACGAACGUCCUUAUAUAGCUGUUAAGAGUUUCACGAGCGCGGUGCGGUUCCUACGUCGUCGGUCUGGUGAUGUUUAAUCGGUUUAAUUGCAAUACUUGAUUGCAACAAUCGCGGGGCAGAGGAGCGCGAAUAUUCGUUGGCUUAGUAUCGUAUAACGAGACGCGACAUGACGACUUCGUCGUGAGGGUCUGCUGCUGAUGGGCCGCGAAACGGCGAACCGUGUAAAAUUUGUAGCGGCUGGAAUAGCGGGACUCAGUAUUAUCGUCAGAUAUUCUCUCCGUCUUUACACGUUACGAAAUAUCUCCAUGCUUAGCAGUUAAUGAGCCGGCGCGCGGAACUUUUCGAUGUGCUGCGUGAAAUUACGACGUAUUCGGGAAUUGAUAGCGCUAUCGAUUUAGCCUCGGCGAUGUGAGGCUUUUUGAGAUACGCGAGAAAGGACGGGUCUUUAAGCGCGAGCACAUUCCGAGUUCCAGCAUUCGUGCGCUAUCCAAUAAGCAAUUUUUCGAUUAUUAGGGGCUUUAAGAGAGUCGUAUGUUUUUUAAAACGUAGAUGUAUACCUUUUAAAAGAUUCAGGUUGUGAGGUUGAGACGAUGGGACACGAGGAAACAUUUGCGUGCGUCUAAAUGUACCAGGAUCGAUCAGACUAGAUUAUGACGCCGGAAAGCGAGCGGCGUGCGUGUUAUCGUUAGCGAAGAAUUGUCGAUUUUACAAUUGACAAAUCGUCGGAAUUGUUAUAGACGACGAGCGACGAGCCAAGCGAUCAUGGGCGCUCGUCACGAAGACUGAAUUGUUACUAACAGGAGCCGAAAGUCUGAGAGAACAGGGUUUUAAGCGGUCGGAACAAACGUAGUUACCUUCUUUUUUUUUUAAUCACGAUAAUAGAGUCACACGCUGCCGUGAUUUUGUUCUUAACAUGAAGAUGCAUCGUUACACCUGGGACACUAAUAGCAAUCGAUAAACAUAGAAUAUAUUUCACCUAUCAACGCGAAAGUAGAUUGAGAAAUGUUGCUCUUCAUGUACCGCGGAAACACACCAGUUUGUCACACGUUUGGUUAUCUCUCGCGAUUUGAUAUAUUCGCGGCACGUGCCUUUUGUUUCUUGCAUUCGCAUCGCAUCCGCGCGGACGGAAGGGUCUCUUAGAGACACGAGACACGUUAGUGGCCGACUGUUUUUGUUGCUGUGAUAUAAUUAUUCGUAUAGCGAUAUAAGUGUAUUCUAAGUACUUACGUACGCGACGAAGCCACGUACUUAAAACAAAUACGUAUCUGUCGUCGCGCGUAGAAAACGAUUGUUCUUCAUACAUUCCGUUAGGUCUUCGGAUUAAGUUCUCUGCGUACUUAAGAUUCGUACUUAGGAUGUCGAGCAAGUUUUUGCGAGCGAGGGAUCACAUCCGCACGGGGUAUUUUGACGGACGCAAGCAAUUCUCGGGCCUGCGAGGCCCGUGUUAUUCGAGCUUCGCGCGACGUACGUCAAGAUACCCUUACCGAUUCCUGGCCGAUUAGGAACGCAACAUGUUUUCACCGUCGGUGUAUCAAUAGCGAUUUCCCGCGGUACGUUUUAUGAUCGUAUAUCGUCGCUGUGGAAAUGUAAUAUAAAAAAUAAAUUGAUGUUCGGACACCCUACUUGCCCUAAUGUGCUUCAGUAUUUUUCUCCCCGAUAUAUCCCCCAGCCCCCUUCAGUCUCUCCCUCACGUAUCUAGCACCAUGUUAUUUCAGUUUAAACAAACGGAGAGACGUAGGACCUCAUCUGACGGGUCUGCACGAUAGACAAUCUACUACGCGUGUGGUGUUUGUUUGCGGUCAAAACUAACGACGGAUGCCUCUCCCUUUCACGACUGUGAGGAACGUGUUUUUUUUUUCUGUUUCAAAUUUUCUACCAACGUGCUCGAUUAUUCACCCGCGUGCCACGAGACUAAUACCAUUUGAACAGUAAUCCAAUAAUCCAAAUCGUAACUUUCUACCUGCAUUUAUGUGCUUUGUUCUUUGCACCUUAAUAUCUAACGAACCACUCUUUCCCAGGGUCAGUGAGAAGUAUCUCCAAUGCGAUUUUCCUCAUUAAUCGCAGAUCGGCUGUCUCGUUAAUUAUCUAUCUCUAAUUUUCUCGAAGCUGAAAGAUUGUCGUCUUUUUUUUUUAACGAUAAACAUGUACAUAAACGAUAAACUUGUCGAUGCGCCCGAUGAUCAGAAGUUACCAGACGUAGCGAUCCGGACCGAGUCUCACAAUUCGGUUUUUGCUUUCAGAUCUCCUCAUGAUGGACUCCUUCAUGAACUUCGUAGGUCCCGACGAGCGUUCGCCCUCCCAGACUCAGAAGACCCUCUACUACUGCCCUAAGUGCCUGCACGGUUUCACCCUGAAGAGUAAUCGCAAUCGUCACUUCAGAUACGAAUGCGGUCACGAGCCCAGAUUCAAGUGUCCUUACUGCGAGCUGCGCAGCAAGCAAACGUCGCAGAUCUAUAGUCACAUCAGAAAAAAGCAUCCCGCCGAGAGAGUCUGGGUCGUCGAUCUAAAGUCCUAACGAAACGUGCGAACGUCACGUGGAUCUUCUGUCUUGGUCACGAGCAGUGUUGUGUAUUAUUAUGAUUUCAAGCAUAAUAAACGUUACUUCCACA